CCCUUUCCUCACUGUGGGUGCCCUUUGCUGGACUCCUUGCUUGUGUGGAAGAUGUCCUGCUCCAGCCUGUGUGCCCCUGCCUGUGGGGUGGCCGCCCCGGCCCCACUGGCUGACAGCUACAACGAGCCCUGCGUGCGCCAGUGCCCAGACUCCACCGUGGUGAUCCAACCCCCGGCCACCGUGGUCACCUUCCCCGGGCCCAUCCUCAGCUCCUUCCCGCAGAGCUCCGUGGUUGGCUCAGCAGGAGUGCCCGCCGUUGGAUCUGGCUUGGGUGGCACCUUUGGACGUAGUGCCGGCUUUGGGGGCUAUGGAGGCCUGGGAGGCUAUGGAGGCUCUUAUGGCCUUGGGGGCUUUGGGGGCUAUGGAGGCUUUGGCAGCUGUGGAUACGGUGGCUUGCGCCGAGGUCUGGGAUACCUCAGCGGCAGCUGUGGGCCCUGCUAAGCACAGCACUGCCUCUGUCUGUGGUUGAAGGAGAGUUCUGGAGAAGCUCCUGAAGAAACAUGUCCCCACCUGAUGCCAUGAGGAAGGCUCCCCUCUGGAAGUGCUGGGCUCUGGUGCUUGGACACCUCAUACUUGCAUGGAGACCAGCACUUUCUUGCUCUGCUCCAUCUUUGCUUCAGGACUCACUGCUCUGUGAUGAUGCAGCCCAGUGCUGACUGCCUGCUCUUUUCCCUCUGACCUCUGCAGGGAGAUGGGGACAGCCUCUGGCCAGGGGCUGUCCUUCUGCCACCUCCAUCCUCUUCCCCUGAACUUGUAAUAAAGGCUCUCUUGCAUCACAGAUUCCAUCUCUGAGUUUUGCUUCACCCCUCUUGUGUCCCCAGUUCCCACAGUAUCUGCACAGGCUCUAUGGAGCCAUUUCCAAAAUCUCCCAGCUGGGCCUUCUCAGGAGCGCUGUGGGCACUGCUCCCUCCCCUCUUACCUGCCCUUGGCUCUAUGGCUCCAGCUGGAGCUCACCCCAUCCAGGCCCCAUACCCCAGUGCCUUCAGCAGUUGCUCCUCCCUCAGAGCUCUCUCCCUUUCCUCUGCCCCUGAUUCCUGCCUGCCGCAGCCCAAGGAGAGCUCAUGGAUAACAGUGAGCUCAGUACCCACUCUUGAGCGUC